AUGGAGAAAGACUUGGAUAAAGUCGUUGAAGAGAUAAUGUUAACUCCGAACGUGACCGGCUGCAUAUUUGCUGACCACCAAGGCCUCUGUCUCGCUUCAAAAGGCACGGCGCAUGUUGACUCGGCUGGUAUUCUUGUGGCGAUAUCCGAACAAGCCUGUAAGUUGCAGCCAAACUUAAAGCCACCUACUGUUUGCCUAGAGACCGACGAUAAAGUAUGCCUUAUACAGCGACACGGCACAAUCACGGGAGGUAUUUUUAAGCAGAAGUGA